CUGGCCUCAUACAAGGAGCCGUUUAAGACGGGUCGCAGUCACACAGAGCUUGCAUUCAUAGCCUGGUACAGCGAGCGAGUGAGGGGGCUGGGGAAGCCUGCAGUGUCACCGUGGUGGAAAGGAACUGGAGGAUUCUCCUGCACAAGCCACCGGCAACUUUUCCUCAGUACUGAAGUCCGCCGUUGGAAUUCCAUCGCCUGAGUCGCAGAGGAGAGAGACACGGGAACGUCAUCGGAUAGGUGGGCGAGUUUGGUGCUGAUUGCUGUUCUUUAGCAGGUAAACUGGGGUCUAAGGUGCGCGCUGAGCCGCCUAUGAUACCAACCACACGGAUGGAAAGAACUUUGAUGUUCAACCCUCAUCGAGUUCUACAACGGAGGCUGAGAGUAGAGACAGAUUGGCAGUUUAUAUUAUAAUUCAACAGAGGUCAGAAGUGAAGAUCAGACACAUCAACAUCAGUGCAUAAGAGUAGGGACCAAACAGUAGGCAGCCAACAGUUUUAGGAAAAAAAGAGUCGAGCAAGCAUCUUCAUGAAGAUGUCCAGAGAGGAGCAGAGCUUGUCAGAUGUCGAGCUCAGCCCCGGCAGGUCGGACGACAGCCGAUCACCCGGUCAUUCGUCCGGCGCCGGCGGGGAUGAGUCGCCCCUCCACGGGCAGCAGCUGCUAGCGGUUCUAGAUGACGGCACGAGGGGACACCCCCCGGGUAAAUCCGACGAUGAGGAUGAGCGAUUCCCGGCGGGGAUCCGUAAGGCGGUCAGUCAGGUGCUCAACUGCUACGACUGGACAUUGGUGCCCAUGCCCGUGCGGGUGAACAACGGCAACAAGAGCAAGCCGCACGUCAAGAGACCCAUGAACGCCUUCAUGGUGUGGGCGCAGGCGGCGCGGAGGAAACUGGCAGACCAACACCCGCAUCUGCAUAACGCCGAGCUCAGCAAGACCCUGGGGAAGCUUUGGAGGCUUCUCAAUGAGAGCGAUAAGCGACCGUUCAUCGAGGAAGCGGAGAGGUUGAGAAAGCAGCACAAGAAAGACUACCCCGACUACAAAUAUCAGCCUCGACGCCGCAAGAACGGAAAGACUGGUUCCGGAUCAGGGAGUGACGCAGAAGGCCAUAUGGAGGGUGAGAUCAAGCAUAGACAAUCCAUCUACAAGGGCCUUCAUCUGGAUGUGGUCUACACAGGGGGGGCUGGGUCCCCUCUGGCAGAUGGGCAUCCCCCUCAUGCUGCAGGUGGGCUGCCGGCUCCCUUGACCCACCUCACGAGUCACAGCCACAGUCCUCCUACACCACCAACCACACCCAAGACAGAACUUCAGUCUGGGAGGGCAGGGGAUGGAAAGAGGGAGGUUUUGGGAAAUGGGGUUCUCCGUGGCCCAAUGGGAGCGGAGGGUAGUUCAGGUGCCGCAGGGUCCGGAAAGCCUAACAUCGACUUUGGCAAUGUGGACAUCGGUGAGAUAAGCAACGACGUGAUGGCCACCAUGGAGCCUUUUGAUGUCAAGGAGUUUGACCAGUACCUUCCCCCCAAUGGCCAUCCAGGAAUCGGGCAGAGUGCUGGUUCAGGAGCAGCGACGCCCAUAACCACGGCGUCUCAAUACACCUACGGGAUCUCCUCCGCUCUGGCGGCGGCCAGUGGACACUCCGCCGCCUGGCAGCCGCAACAACAUCACGGCUCCCCUCUGAGCUCAGACCCGUCCAAGACCCAGAUCAAGAGCGAGGCCUUUUCAGAGGCGGCCGCAGCCGGUUCCCACGUCACCUACACCUCUCUAAGCCUCCCUCACUACAGCACUGCCUUCCCCUCGCUGGCAGCCAGGGCUCAGUUUGCCGAGUACGCCGACCAGCAGGCCUCAGGGUCGUACUACGCUCACUCUGGCCAGGCGCCGAGCUUAUACUCGGCCUUUUCUUACAUGGGGCCCACCCAACGGCCCCUGUACACUACGAUCAGCGACCCAUCCGGUGUGUCACAGUCACACAGCCCCACACACUGGGAGCAGCCCGUCUACACUACACUGUCGCGACCAUGACAGAUAACCAAACCAGAUGGCGCCGGUGCCGGCCCGGCCCCCACGCCCGACCCGACGAGCUGCAGCGGUUUUGGUGAAUGCGGUCUGGGCGGAGGGGAGUGGGCUGGCACCGGGGGAGCCGGCUGGGGAGACAGGAGGGGAGAAACCCCAUACUGUUCUCGCCCGGUUGCGGAAAUGCAGUCAGAGGUGAAGGCUGAGUUUGGAGCGUGGUGUUUUGACCAUUUGAUGCAAUGAGGUUUGUAAAUAAAAAAAACCUCAAAAUGUCGAGCGCUCCAAACGACACAAUUAGAUCACGAACGGUGGCUUUCUGCGUGGAUGUGAGCGAGUAGAAUCACAGCUCAUUCCAAGAAAGAACGUAUUAAACCUUGAGCAAUCAUUCAAU